UCAAAAUAUGCACAAAUAUACCAAUUUUUAUUAAAAUAGAAUCAUUCUCACAGAAACUACUUGUUUGGUUGAUGAAAAAAUUUACUUUAGAACCAAUGUUCAUAAAUUCUUUACUAAUUUAUGCUUUUUGUGUAGGAGUACUGCACACUUUUGCAGAAACUUAUUACACUUUUUCAAUAAUCAAUCCUAUUCCUAAGAAUUUAGUGGCUAUAGUGAAUGGUUAUGUGACUAUUUGUGUUGGUGUAAUAAUAAGUGAAAAACAUGUUCUAGUUAGAAAGGAAUGUUUGACUGAUUGGAAUUCAAAGUCAACGAAAUUGAAAAUUGGAGCUGGAAAUACUGUACGAGGAUAUGAUUGGUAUCAACAGUUUGUAAAUAUAUCUCAAAUAAAUGAUUUCACAUAUGAUCUAUCAAUAGUAUUGCUCAAUCAUACAAUCAAAUUGAAUGAGCAAGUUCAAGUAGCUCAAUUGCCCACUCAAGAUGUGCAUACAAAAAAGAAUGCUAUUGUUUCGGGAUGGACUGGUAAAUGUUCAAAUGAUUUCAAGUUUUUCGUUAAUCGAAAGUUGAUGGUGGUACACUAUUACCCAAAGGAGUGUGGAGAAAAAAAAGAUGAUGAAUUUUGUGGAAGAACAAAGUAUCCUAAGAAGUCACAUAGUACUAAAGAUGAUGGAAUUGAUCGAGUAUACAAAAUAUCAGAAGGAGCACCAAUGAUUGAUUCAAAUGGAGUUUUAAUUGGUUACACUCGAUUUGGAUGUAAAGAAGGUGGUCCAGUUGUCAAUAUAUAUCGUCAUGUAAAUACAAUCAGAAAUAUUAUAGAGAAUCCUUGAACUUGAAAAUGUUGGGAUAGACUUAGGAAAGGGAAUUCGUUAAUGGAUUUACAAUUUAUUCAUAAAUUUUAUUAUAUUAAUAGACAUAUUAUUAACUAGAUAAAAGUGAAAUCACUCUUUUUUUUAAAUAUUACCAUCUAUAAAUAUUUUUUUGAUUAAUUGAAUACUUUAUUUUUUGAAACGUUGUCAAACGCAACUGAAGAAUCAAUUUAAAAAAAUACAUUUAACUCCAAAACAGACACGUUUGAACAGAUCAAAGAAUUAAAGGGUAUUUUUGUAUAAAGGGUGAUUGAGUCCUUUGAUUCGAAUUUCAAUUAAGACAAUUUUUAUAGGUGAUAUAGAAUUCAAUACAUGGAUAAAAAACUUUGGUAAUACAAUUAUCGUAGAUUAAUCUAGUUUAAACAUUGAUUGAUAACUAUAUAACAUCUUUAGGUAAUUGUUAUCAAGAUCUUUAAUUUUUAAAGCAGUAAAAUAGAUAUGUGUUAUCAUUAUGUUGAUAUAGACUUUUUCAGCAUAUCCAGCUUCCCAUGGUAAACAUGGUGAACUGCCGGAAGACCUAGUCUUGUACAAUGAUGAGCCAUCAACAUAUACUCUUAAACAAUCGAAUUAAGAAUGGACAGUAUAUGAAACGAUGCC